UUCCCAAAACUACCCUCCACAAACACACAGACUCUGUCUAGUCUCGACGCUCAACCCACACAGUGGGUUUUCCAGACCAAAGUCUAGCCAUGAAAUCGAAGACUUCAUUCGGGGAGGAGCUUCAACUAAAGUCAGCGUUCAAUUGACAGCUGAGAGUUAAGCUUUGAUUUCAAGAAUGUCUACUUCGGGGAAUGAAGAUCAGAAUCAGAGGAAUACUCCAGUCAUGGAAGAUUCACCUUCAAUGAGAAUUGAAUUUCUUCGGGCACGAUUACUGUCUGAAAGAUCAGUCUCCCGGACAGCAAAGCAGAGAGCUGAUGAACUGACCAAGAAGGUUGCAGAACUGGAGGAACAGCUAAAUACUGUCACACUUCAAAGAAAGAAAGCCGAGAAAGCCACUGCAGCUGUGCUAGCCAUUUUAGAGAACCAUGGUAUCGGUGAUGCUUCAGAUGGUUUUGACUCAGGCUCUGACGAGGAUGCUGUGAUGUGUGAAUCUAAUGUUUCUGAUAGUAAAGAUGAGCCCAAGGAAGCGAGGGAUAAUGGUGGAGAAACCUACUCAAGCUCUGAGAUUGACUCUUCUCCAUCUUCUGGUAGAAGCUUGUCGUGGAAAAGUGAUAGAGAAUCUCUGCAUUCUUCGAACAGGAAGAAAUACAUAGAUUCUUCCAGAAGAUCUAGUAGUUUUGCAUCAACUGGUACUUCAUCCAAACACGUUGGUAAAUCUUGUCGGCGGAUAAGGCGCAGGGAAACAAGAUCUACUGCUGAAGAAUCAUAUAGCAAAACUAGCAUGCAUGCUGCUCGGGAUAAUUCAGGAACUACACACACUCAGGAUCUUCUUGGACCGGCUGACUUUGGUACCGAGUCACAUAGAGAUGGCCUUGAACACCAUGCUAAAAGUGGCCAAUUGGAAUUUCCAGCUUUUCAGGUUCUCGAAAAUCAAAACUGCACACAUGAAGGCGAUGGAGACAUGGAAAAAGCUUUACAACAUCAAGCAAAACUUAUAGGUCAAUAUGAAGAUGAAGAGAGAGCGCAGAGAGAAUGGGAAGAAAAGUACAGAGAGAAUACCAGCUUUAUGCCGGAUUCAUGUGACCUGGGAAACCAUUCAGAUGUGACUGAAGAAAGAGAUGACAUGAAAGCAUCCGAACAACCAUCCUCCUCUAAGACGAUAUGUUCCCGAGACCAAGAAUGCAAGCCAGAGAGAGCAGAUAGACACUCAAGUGGAGUGCAGGAAGCCCCGAAUGAUUUUCGCCCCCCUGCACUUGACAAAAUGAAAUCUCACAAAACAGUCGUUUCUGAGUCCUCGUCACCAGAAUUUGCGUUUCCCGUGUCUAAGGGAAAUUCGGAUCCAGUGCAUUCUGAAAAUAAUGUUUCUGCGAACCCCUCAGAGCAUGCUUCAUCUUCUUCUGAUGGCAGUAAUUUGCAAAAGCAUGACACUUCGGGGGGGAAAUAUGAACUUGCUUUGAUCUCCCACGAGAAGAACAAAAACGUAAGAAAUGUCCUCGAGGCACUGGAACAAGCUAAAGUAUCACUGAGACAGAAACUCCACAGCAUACCACAGAUAGCCGAGGCUGCUGCACCCUCCUUUCCCGCGAGUGAAAUUCGUGGAAGAACGGAGAUUCCUGCCGGAUGCCCGGCACUUUUCAGAUUGCCAACAGACUUACAUCGGGAUACAACUUCUAUUCCUCUACAAUUCAGUAUGGUAAAUCGUUCCCCUGAAACUGUUUCCGAUAUGUUCUUCCCCAGCCAUUUCCUCGAGUCUCGAUCUACCUCUUCUGCAGGGAGUCCAUUCUCUUCCAUCCCCACCAACCCUUCUAUACAAAUUGGAUCAAGAAAUGCACCGUGGAGGCCAAUGUUUGAGCCUUCCGUUAAUACCAGUCUACCCUCUUCCUCAAGAUCGAAUCUUUUCGAUCCUCAGUCAAGUGCAGCCAGUCCUUUUUCUAGUAACCAUAGUUUCCCAACCUACCCUUUCUCCCCUGCCAUGACCCCGCAAUUAUCUUCUCCCAUCGGAUUCUCAUCCGCCCAUUCUGCCCGGGAAAACAACACACCACCUCCUGCAACACGCUUCUCGCUCUACGAUGAUCAUGUAAGACCAAAUAUGCACAGGUAGUAUCUUGCUACUGUUUUUAUAGCCAUGCAGUUUUAAUGUCUGAAUGAAGAUAUUUUUAUUUGGGUUAUAUAUUGUCAUUUAUUGCAACUGGGCACUUAGGUUUAUAAAUGUUUUAUAAGCAGCUGUUGUUGUAUCUAAGAUAUAUAUUGGCUUGUAAACUUUUACAGUAGCUCAUAGAAAUGCGGUUUGUAAGAAGGUAAUAAACAACAUAUAUGUAUUUUUCAUGUUAAUAAGUUAUAGUUUUCGUUAUAAGCUAA